CUGCAAGAGUACAUGGAGAGAUAUGGGAAAAUAUUCAGUCUUUGUUUUGGGAGAAAGGUCAAUGUUGUGAUAGCUGAUCCAGACUUAAUCAAGCAGAUCAUGACCAAAGACAGCCAUUUGUUUACAAAUCACCAUCAGCACUUUCCAAUUGCUAAGGAGAGAAAGGAAAUGUUUUUUCUAAAAGACGAAGACUGGAAAAGAGUGCGGUCAGUUUUAAGCCCAACAUUCACUACUGGAAAACUUAAGCUUAUGGUCCCGGCUAUUGAGAGGUCAAAUGAGACUUUGAUGAGUAAACUGCAGGGAAUUGCUGAUACAGGAAAAAGCAUCGAUAUUUACUCUUGGUUCAGUCUUAUGACGCUAGAGGUGAUUCUYUCCACCUCUUUCGGAAUUGAGUCUCCAGUCCAGACCGAGGGUACUUCCAAUAACUUCCUGAUUAAGUCGAARGAGGUUCUCAAACAGCCUGCCGUGAUGAUUUACAGGUUUAUGGUCCCUUUGACUAAGCUUUGGGAUCGAAUCUACUUAAMAUUUGAGAGYCAUUUYAAGUUUUUCGCCGAGGUGGCUCGAAAUAUCUUGAAGAUCAGGAAAGAAGAAGGAAUCCGCGGAACUAAAGAUAUAUUGGACAUCAUGCUUUCAGCCAAAAACCCUAAUGGAAYUCUUAAACUGACUGAAGAUGAAAUGGUUGGACAAUCGUUAUCAUUCCUGCUCGGUGGUCAUGAAACAUCAAGCAAUGCUUUGACCAUGUCUGCCUACUUUUUGGCUCUAAAUCAAGAUAUCCAAGAUCGUUUGAGGUCSGAAAUCCUUACAGCACGAAAAGCAAACCCUGAUAAGCCACUUUACGAACUAGUCAAUGAUCUGGAGUACUUGGAAUGUGUCUUCUGUGAAGUGCUGCGCAUGAGCCCACCAGCUUAUGUAACGGAUAGAUCUUGCAAUAAAGAUUACAAACUCAACGAGACAUCAACAAUUCCAGCAGGUAUGGCUGUAUUUAUUGCUAUACACGCUCUGCACCAUGAUCCAUCGGUGUGGCCCGAUCCAGAGAAGUUUGAUCCUGAGCGUUUUCGAGGUUCUGCCAAACUAUCGAGACAUCCCUUCCAAUUCCUUCCUUUUGGAGAAGGGCCGCGAGUCUGCAUUGGCAAGAGAUUUGCUAUCUUGGAAAUCAAGAUCACUUUGGUAGAUGUUCUGACGAAGUACAAGUUCGUGCGCUGUCCUGAAACAGAAGUGCCGCUUAAGAUGGUNGGUCUGAAUCUCAUCCCAGAAAAUGGCGUCUUUGUUAGAGUCGAAUCGUGUAAUUGAAAUUCAGCUGUGUACAGCUAUUCCUGUAAACGUUGAAUAGUGAAUACUGCACAGUUCAUUCCAAGAGUGAAAUGCAUUGUUGCUCAUUCGACUUCAUGUUAGCUGCAUUACAAAAUAAUAAUUCUAAACUUAAAUGCUUGCCAUUAAAGUUCUUGACUGUGGAGAGAGAGCUGAUGUAUUCAUUCUGACACCUCGAAACGUUUCAAACGUCUGCUGGCAGCGGAGGUAGAGCGAGCAACAACGCAUUUCGGUCUUAUCUUUAGUAUUAAACGUUGUCUGAAAUAGCUUCAUUUUUAACGGCGACCAUGGUCAAUAUUUUAUGUUUUAAAACAAAAAUCGUGCACACCCUAUUUCAUCCCUUUUCAUGAAUGGAGUUAUUGUAACAUUCCAUCUUAACACCUUGCGAUGGUAACGGAUUGCAAAUAGAUAUUUGAAAAGGCCGAMUUUCACGUUAGCUGCAUUACAAAAUGAUUAUUCUAAACUCAGCCUUAAAAGUUCUUGACUGUGUGCAGAGCUGAUUUAUUUACUCUGACACCAUGAAAACGGCGAAAGAGCGAGCAACAAUUGUAAUGCAUUUCAUUCUUGGAAUACAUUAUCUUUAAUAUUAAACGUUUUCUGAAAUAGCUUUAUUUUAAAAGGCGCCCAUGUGGUCAAUAUGUUAUGUUUGAAAAGCAAAAAUCGUUAAUGUGAUCAAAGACGUACUGUAUAUCAUCCCUUUAUUUUCUAUAAAGACAUAUUGUAAGAUUCCAUCUUAAAACCGCUGAUGGAAAAGGGUCGUGGAUGGAUAUUUAAAGUUACCGCUCUUUUCGAUAAAAAAACUUAAAUACAAUCGACCAUAUCAUUUAGUUGAUAUAUAUGUUACAAUAAAUCUAAUAAAUAUGACAUAUAUGUUAUAAUAAAGGACAUCAAUG